AUGGAAUUUGAUGGCAUAGGUGUAUCUCACGAAGCAAUAAGUGAUAUUUGUAAUGUGAUAUUAAAAAAAGGUAAAUGCAAUAAAGCUAAAAAAAAUUUAGUUAUGGCAUUGAACAAUGCAAACUCAGCUUUGAGGAAAUCAUUAGGAGCAAAAACAGAAAAUAAUACAAAUUUGCGUAAACAGCUUGAAGAUAAUGAUUUUUGUACAUAUAUACCUACAACAAAAAUUGCUAAUUAA